AUGUCGGGCUUGUAUAAUCCCAACUUCUCGCCUGCCAGAGCUGCUUCUCCUCAGAUUAGAAGCACCCCAGAUGUUGACAGUCAGUACUUGUCAGAGCUGUUAGCAGAGCACCAGAAGCUUGGACCUUUCAUGCAAGUACUUCCGAUAUGCAGCCGACUCUUGAAUCAAGAGAUUUUACGGGUUUCUGGAAUGAUGUCCAACCAAGGUUUUGGUGACUUUGACAGAAUGCGACAUAGAAGUCCUAGUCCAAUGGCUUCUUCAAACCUUAUGUCAAAUGUUACUGGGACAGGAUUGGGUGGCUGGAAUGGACUUCCUCAAGAGAGAUUAGGUGGACCACAUGGAAUGACAAUGGACUGGCAAGGUGCACCUGCGAGCCCUAGUUCAUACACUGUGAAGAGGAUUUUACGUUUGGAAAUUCCUGUAGAUACUUACCCCAAUUUCAAUUUUGUUGGGCGACUUCUUGGACCGAGAGGUAAUUCUCUGAAACGGGUUGAAGCUACUACAGGUUGUCGUGUAUACAUUAGAGGCAAAGGAUCUAUUAAGGAUCCAGACAAGGAGGAGAAGCUUCGGGGAAGACCAGGGUAUGAGCAUCUGAAUGAACCACUCCACAUCUUAAUUGAAGCGGACUUACCUGCCAAUGUUGUUGAUAUAAGGCUGAGACAGGCGCAGGAAAUUAUAGAAGAAUUGCUCAAACCUGUGGAUGAGUCACAGGAUUUUAUUAAGAGGCAGCAAUUGCGUGAGUUGGCUCUGCUAAACUCAAAUUUCAGAGAAGAAAGUCCUGGACCAAGCGGUAGUGUAUCUCCUUUCAAUUCAAGCGGAAUGAAACGCGCAAAAACCGGUCGAUGA